AUGCACGGUACCGACGUGACCGAGCGCCUCGACCGGAUGGUCGGGUCGCCUGACCACCCCAAGCGCUGGGAGACGUGGUUUGCGCAGGCGUCGUCGCUGGUUGGGCGGUCGGGCCUGCUCGCGAUCGACGGCACGCACGUUAGCAACGUGCACGUCCUCCUCAAGAUUGAACAGGCGCCAAACGGCGCUCGCGUAGGGUGGUCUGCAAUCGGCUGCUCUACCGACACGGCCAAGUCCAGGGCCCACUUCGAGGACUUGCACGCCGCAGCCAUUGCCCGACUCGAGUCGCACUUUGGCUAGGCGGCGGCGCAUAGCAGACUCCGACACAAAGCGAAACACGUCGCACUACCGCGUUGGACUGGACUGUCUCGACCCCGCACUACUUGGAUCUAGUCGCAGCACUAGACCCCCUCAUUACAAUCGGAGCAAAAAGAGCA